GCUGGUUGGAUGGAUUCGAGUGGCCGAUGCAUCGCCGGCAGGUUGUUCUCCAGAUCAGUCAUGAUUUUCGUUGUCGUGGAACAAUAGAAUAUUUUUUUUCUGGAUUAGCGAUAACCCCUGACGAUUACUCGGUUGAUAACUCCAGAAUUAAUGAGGUUUUUCCGGUGUUCAAGGGCUCUUGUCGAUUUUAAUCAGUUAAAGUCGUAGUUUCUCUUGUGGGACGGAUUCAGUCGUUUGUUUUGAUUCUCUGUUUGGAGAAAGUGAUCUGGAGACAUGAGGUCAGUGAUACCGGGUCUGAUUGUCGUUGGGACUCUGGUGGGACUGAGUCUUGGGGAAGAUUGCAGGGGAUGUGUGCCCUUGGAUUCUUAUUCGUUUGAUAAGGUUAUUUCCAAGUUCAAAGCUUCAGUAAUAAAGUUCGAUGUGGCAUUCCCGUACGGGGAGAAACACGAGGCGUUCGCCAGCGUAGCUGCUGACACUAGAGACACUGAGGAUCUCCUGCUCGCCGAGGUCGGCGUCAAGGAUUACGGCAAUAAGGAUAAUUCGGACCUGGCUAAGCGAUUCAACAUCGACAGACAGGACUUUCCAGUUGUUAUGCUGUUCCUCCAGGGGCAGAGCGAGCCGCUGAGACUGAUGGAUGGUCACAUCCCGGAUUUCACGGUUGAACAUCUCAAGAGACUGAUUAGGUCCAAGACUGGAGUCUACGUGGGCCUGCCUGGGUGCAUUGAACAGCUUGACAGACUCGCCGAGGAGUUCAAAGCCAGUCCAGAGAAGGAUAGACAAGAAAUUCUGAACAAAGCCAAAGUAUUCCAAGAGACAGUCCCCGAGGCUCACAGAUCCGCUGCCCAGGUGUACGUCAAGAUGAUGGAGAAGAUCCUGGAGCGUGGGGACGUAUUCGUUCAAACCGAGAAAACCCGAAUCGAGGGUUUGUUGAAAGGAAAGUUAUCAGACGAGAAGAAACGUUCGAUGGAAGAAAAGAGAAAUAUUCUUCAUUCCUUCCACCACAGGGACGAGCUCUGAAGACUAUAAGUCAGGGAGUGAACACACUGACUUGAAUUUCUAGACUAUCACUGUUCAGAUGAUGACUUUUUGAUGAUUUUUCUUAAUUAGUGUACAAGUUUCAGUAGUGCAGAUCUCAUUGUUUCGAGUUGAAACCGAAAAGUCUGAUUUAUUGUCACAAAAGACAUUCCCUUGAUUGUCAAUGAAUAUUAAAAUAGUCAUUGAUGUUUGAUGGAAAAUUGCUUCACGAAUCUCGUUACAUUAGUUCUAAUUAAUGAACUUCUGUAAAAGUCUGUUUAAAAUUAAGACGAAUUAAUUAUUUUAUUUUAAGUUUUCGAAAUCCUAAAAACUGAAAGUUUCAGUUCACCAUUAAAAAACAUUGAAGCGACAAUUGAUUCGUUUUUAAUCGAUAUUGAAAUAAUUUUUGAUGUUUAAUCAAAAUUCAUGAGUAGAACUGUCUUAUAAAUCUGGUUAUGUAAAUCCUGGAUGAUAACCUUGUGUAAAUGUGUGAUCAAUAUUAAGGAAAAUUCCCCACCAAUUUUGCAAAGGCCUCGCUGUGAAACUAUUAAUUAAAUAAUUAUAUAAUUUAAAUAAAAAAAAUUCUCAAACCCA